AUGGACGUUCAAAACAGAAAUUUGGUUACCGCACCAGGGGAUUCGGACCCCCAGGUGCCGGCAGUAGUGGGUGGAUCCGGGGCCAAAGCCGGAUCCAACGUAGCGGGCCCACUACGGUCGUCAUCCAACGACCGUGAGGGUGCGGGGGUGGCCAGYCAGGCCCCCGUUGCUCUAUCUACUACUAGAGCUGAGACCUUAGCCGACAAGCUAAUUGCCAGCGGCAGUAACAUCCAGUCGGCUCAGAUAGACAAGGCGAAGUCGGAGAAGAUGUCGGAGAAGCAGCUCGGCGAAACCCUGGAAAAGACGGACAGAAUUGAGAGGGAAUGGUUCGAUAGAGUGGGCAGAAGGCUUCUGAACAUGCUCGAGGCGGUAAGAGAAGCCAAGAAUGUUGCGAAACCUGUGCAAACGGCUCUCGCGGAAGCAAUGAAUGCUUUUAAACAAGCCACAGGCGCACGCAAACAGCGCCAGAACAUUGCAGAAAUGUUGAAAGAAUCAGAAGAGUCAGCGUUCAGUGCCGCAACAGCUAGUGCCAAGAAUGCUGCCAUGGAAUCUGCAAUACACCCUUCGUGCAUCACGACUAGUGACGCCGCGACACAGAGUCCCUGUUGGUGGGAUUCUAUGCCUCAGGACAACAUCGGAGGCGAUAGAAUGGACGGUGGACCAGAGUUAUGGACGGAGGUGGUGAGGAAGAAGCCGGCGAAAAAGCUGAAUCCCAUCGGGAAGAAAGCUGAGACAGAUGGCGACCAACCCGAGAGGAACUCAAAAGGACGGACCCCCCCGACAUUGGCAACAACACACAAAACAGCCAAAACGGAGCCCGCACAGAAGCGAACUAAAACACGCCCCCCAGCCAUCCUGGUGGACGUUAGUAGGGAGGACUUUCCCGGGCUGGCGAAAAAAAUCCGUGGCGAGUCAUGCCUCGACAUAAUAGGAAACCGGGUCGUGGGCAUGUGGCAAGCUAAAUCUGGCGGUCUCCUCAUCGAGGUGCGUGGCAGCACAGAAGAGGUGGAUGCGGUGAGAGCAGAAAUCGCGAGAUCUUCAGGAUCCGAUAUUGGUGUCAGGACUCUACAGCAGAGGGAGCUGCUGGAGGUCAGAGACCUGGAYCAAUGGUCAGACGGACCUGAAGUGCUUGCGGCAAUGGCAUUGGCCACAGGUUGCGACACGAGUGCACUAAGGCUUGCCGGUUUGAGGAAGCGCUUCGGUGGAGCACAGCUUGCCUUGGUCUCUGCGCCCAAAGAAGUGACGCAAGCAAUCUUGAAACAAGGGAGACUAAGGGUGGGAAUGGUGAGUUGCGGCGUCAGGCUCUGCGUCGCGAAAAUUAGAUGUUUUCGGUGUCUGGCACAUGGCCACACAGCGAAAGAAUGCUGUGGCCCUGAUAGGACGGGGUGUUGCAGGCGUUGCGGACAGGUUGGUCAUUUCGUAAACACAUGUGUGGCUACCAAGGAGGACAUUUUGUCCUUUACGAAGUUACUGGCGGCAACUUGCAGGGCUGGUAGGGAAGACGGUAAAGCGGGAGGCCAGGAAGCAGAGUCCAACCCGGCCGGAGCAGUCGAGGCAAUUGCCGAGCUUAGACUGAAAACUGACAAGUCAUCAUGA